AUGGCUGAUGUAAAUUCCAGUUUCAAAAUGACAAAUACAUACGGAAAUGCAUCUAACGGCGAUUUGUCAUCUGCUAGUGAAAAUGAAAGCGUAAUAGAUAAAGUGAAGAAUGCCGUUUCAAAAUUGUUCCAUCCAUCGUUUUCAUUUUCGAGCACGACUGAGAAAAGAAAACGACCAUCAAUGGACGAUGUAUCAGAUGAUAAACGAGAAGAUGAGAACAACAGGCAACUACAUGAUGAUAAUGAUAAUGAUAAUAAUAAUACCGAUAGUAGGCAAACAUCGACUGUUCUGAAAUCAAAUUUAUCACGUUUUAAAACUAAAAAAGAUACAAGCUUUCAAACUAAUACAGUUCGCUUUGCUGAUGAGCAACUACGAUUGACAGACGACGAAGAUUCAAACGACAAUAAUCAAUUAAACUUGAAAGAUCGAAAACAACUUUAUUAUCCACAAACAAAACGUCCUCGCACAAUAACAAAUGGAGAUACUUCAAAAAUACCUGAACUUACCAUUCCUCAAACAUCGUCCAUCACCUUCGAUAUUAAUAACAGAACAACAAUGUUUUCAAAAGAAAGAAAAGAUAAAACGCCAUUAUCUCCACUUGCUGAACAAGACACCCAUAAAACCACAAAAAUUGGAAAAGAGGCUGGAGUGCAAUGUGGAGUGCAAACUGAAAAUACAACCAAUGAUUCUAAUGAAACAUUGUCAAAGUGUCAAACAUUUCCGGUUUUAGAAACAACAUCGCAAUUAACAGAAAAAAAUAUUAGUAAUCAAACACAACAGUCGCAGCCUCAGUUAGCAUCCCUUUCAACAAAUAGUUCAAUUACAAUCGAAUCCAAAAUACAACCCAACAAUAUAACAUCUCAUGUAAAAAUUUUGGACGACUUUACACCAUUCUCUUGGCCAAAAUUUGUUCGUGCACAAGAAGAAUUUGCAAAACAAAAUUUAAAUUUAUGUUAUAAUGAAAUAGAGUCUAUUCAACCCGCUCAAAAACAACAAAAUGCUCAUCAACCUACGUUAGAUACGCUUUCAGCAAACAAAACAACCCGGUCCAAUGAAUCAACAAAAGUAUUAACGGCAAUACCAACAUUACCACUAGCAUCGUACAAAAUGCCUGUUUCUCGUGAAUUAGUUUGGAAAUGUCUAUUAUGUUCAACGGAACAUCCGAUGCAAGCAGCUUGUCCUGCUAGUAAUCCAAAAUACACGCAAUUAAGUGUAAAGAGCAACGACAAGCCAUUAAUAUCUGUCUCAUCAUCUACGUUUCCGAUUCAAGCUGAUACAAUACCAGACCAAUUGGAUACUAAAAAGAGUGAGGCAAAUAUGGUGCAAACUCCCUUACUCGUAUCUCAAGCAAUAAACUCUCCUGCUAAAACAGUUAUUGAAACGCUAAAUACAGUACAGAGUCAACCAAAGGCUGUUCUCUCUACACUAUCGGAUAGUUUUCAAUUUUCUGUACCAGCAACAAAAUCAUUAAGUAGUGAACGAGGGUUAUCGCCGACCUCUAUUUCAACACGAGCUUCCACAGAGCCAGUAUCCUUUGGGACAUUUGCACAAGGCUUCUCCGCUAAAACAUUACAAUUUGGUUCAAAUAUCGGCUCUGCUAAUUCAGUAAUGAGUUUGCCUUUUACAGCAAUAUCGCAGUCAUUCCAACCAAGUAUCGUUAGUUCCUCAGUAACAGCACCUUCAUCAAUAUCAACUGGAUUCCAAUUUGGCUCUGGUAUGAUUCCAUUUACAUCAGCACGAUCUGUUCUAUCGGAUCUGCCAACCACGACAACGCCACAUUCUCAAUCAAAUAGCACAUCACCAACACAAACCACAGAUAAGGUUGUAUCUGUGUCAACAACGACUGCUGGAAGUACACUAUUUACCACAACAACCCAAUACACACCUGCACAGACUUCUGUAACGACAAUAUUUGGACAGGGAUUUCCAUCGUUAUUAUCGAGCGGUUUUUCAGCCCAAACAACAAAAUCAUCAACUCUUAGCAUAGCUGCAGAUACUCCUUCAAUAACAACUCCUUUUCUAUUUGGUACUGGAGCAUCAUUAUUUGGUUCUUCUUCUUUUGGAUCCAGUAGCCCCUCUGCAAGUUUCCCGACAACAACAUCGCAGACAAUCCAAUCAAAUAUCUCAACAGCAAUAACAACAACAGCACAAUCUCACCUAUUUCAAUCGAUAAGUUCAGCAUUUUCACCUCUAGCAACUCUCAGCGUUUUACCCUUCACAACAACAAUAACUCAAACGCCAGUAAUGUCGACUAAUACUCUUAGUCCGUUUAGUGGAUUCGGUUCUGGUGGACUUUUUGGAUCUACCCUAUUAACGAAUCCAUCAUCAGGAAAUACUAUUUCAACGUCAGCUGCAACAACAACACCAAUUCUUUUCGGUUCAAUGGGACAACAAUCAUCUGAGAACGUUUCAUCAUUCGGCUCAUUUCCGACAUUUGGAUUCCAUUCAAAAUCUUCACAAAUUUUACCGUCCACAACAAUACCGACAUUUCAAUCCACUAUUUCAAAUUCAUCAGCAAACACUAGAACAGCCGGUUUUCCGUUCAGCUUACCUGCUGAUAAUAACAGCAAUGGUUCUCCGCCAAUACCAGUUGCUUCAACAGCAUUCAGUAGUCAAUCUACACCAUCAAGUUUCGGUUUGACACCAGCUCACACAAAUACAGAUCCAUAUCCGUUUGCUGGUCAAACGCAAGAUCAAUUGAUACCUUCAUUACCAGGAAACGAAAGUACUCAACCAUCUCAUGCCAAAUCUCUUUUACAUACAAAAUUUAUUGUCAAAAUAAUGGUUAAAGUUCGUAAAAAUAAGCCAAAACCAGAAGGAUGGGAGUUAAUCGAACCAACACUAGAUGAAUUAGAUGGUAAAAUGCGAGAAGCUGAAAUAGCUCCGCAUGAAGGUAAACGUAAAGUAGAAACAUUAUGGCCAAUAUUUAAAAUACAUCAUCAAAAAUCACGUUUUUUAUUCGAUUUAUAUUUUAAACGUAAAGCAAUCAGUAAAGAAUUAUAUGAUUAUUGUAUUAAAGAAUCAAUCGCUGAUAAAUCAUUAAUUGCACAAUGGAAAAAACAAGGCUACGAAAACUUAUGUUGUUUACGUUGUAUACAACCGCGUGACACAAAUUUUGGUAAAAAAUGUGUCUGCCGUGUGCCAAAAGAAAAAUUAGAAGAGGGAAAAGUUGUAGAAUGUGUUCACUGUGGAUGUCGUGGAUGUUCGGGUUAA